AUGCCGGCUUCACACCCUUAUUAUCCCCUCGGGGCCGACAUUGUCGGCUAUUCGCCCAACCAAGCCUCGGUGUUCGAGCUGCUCGUCGCGAUGGGCGGAGGAUGCGCGGCCCUCUUGGGAUUGACUUUUGCCGCGGCCAGUUACGUGCGCCCGUCGCUGCGGAUGGGCGAUCGGAUCGCCAUCCUGUGGUUUGUGCUCUCGGGAACACUGCACUGUUUCUUCGAAGGCUAUUUCAUGGUCCACCAUGACCAUAUGGCGUCGGCACAGGAUCUGUUUGGGCAGCUAUGGAAGGAAUACGCCUUGUCCGACUCUCGGUACAUGACCUCGGACACUUUGGUGCUCUGUAUGGAGACCAUGACUGUGCUCCUGUGGGGGCCUCUCUGCUUCACUGUUGCAUAUCUGACCGCAACGCGGCACUCUCUGCGUCACCCGAUCCAAGUGAUCGUGUGCAUGAGCCAUCUCUACGGCGAUACCCUAUACUAUGCAACGAGCCUGUUCGAUGACUAUGUGAAGGGGGUCCCCUACAGCCGACCGGAGCCUUACUAUUUUUGGCUGUAUUACUUUUUCAUGAAUUUCAUCUGGAUCGUGGUUCCAGCCUACUACCUCUACAACAGCAUCUCGACCAUUUCGGCCGCGGUUCGGGCCCAGCAAGUGUCAGGCGAGCGGCGCAAGAGCCAGUAA